AUGUUGGACGAUGAAGAAGCCAUCGACUAUGGAGAGGAUGAGGUGAGCCUAAUGUUGGACGAAGAGGCGACGCUGGCAGAAGUCGUGUCAGAAGCAGCGACACGGGCAAAGAAAGCAGAAUUCGAGGCAGAAGCGGCUCAAGAGGAUACAUGGGCACCUGCUGUCGACGAGUCCGCUGCUGCAGCUGAGGAAGCGACCGAGGACAAGCCCCAAGAAGCAACUGUCGAGGACAAGGAAUCUGGAAAGCAUGAGGAUGCGGCCACUUGCACCUCAACAACAGACAACAAGGAUCCACCUGGUGACGCCCGGGACAAUCGCACAAAAGACCACAGAGACGACCUCGCCCCCGGCUGGAGAACCAUCGAAUCGCGCUCCGGCAAUGGCGAGGUAUACUACUACAACGAGCGCACUGGCGAAAGUAGUUGGACAAAGCCUACCGUCGCCAGCGAGUCUCGCAGUCCUUCCAGCCAAGGAUGCAAGAAGAACAAGAAGAACGCAUCUUCCGACUCCAAAGCCGCUCCAGGCGGAGCCAAUCAGCAGGGCAAGAAGAAGAACAAGAAGAAAAGGAAAGGCAAGCAGGCUCGAGAUGCUGAAAAGGCAAAGAACGCGGCUGCUGCAAGUGAGCAACAGCGCGAGCAAGGUGGAUGUGGAAGCGAGGGUAGGAGACAGGGGGAGCAAGGCGGAAAGAAGAAGGGCGACUGUUCAGAGGCCGAGAGGGAGGCCCAAGGUCUCAGCAUCAAAGGUUCUGCUCAGCGCAAGACGGAGCCUGGUCAAAAGGAUGAUGGUCAGUCAGCAAGGCAAGAGGGCAACCAAGGCUCGAAUGGCGGGCAGCAAAGACAAGGCGACCAGGGAGGAAAGCGCAAGAGAGGCAACAAUCCUGCAUCGGACAACGCUAAAGGCAGAGGCAAGGGCGACUCGAAACAGACAUGCCAGGCUGACUCGAACAGCAGAGGGAAUGCGAACGGCGCUGGUUCUGCUGAUUCUAAGCGACAGAAAAGGGAUGGGGACGAGGGUGAGAAAGGUACAGCAGUGCCGAGGAGCAACUGGUCGGAAGACGCGCCCCGAGAUCGACGAGUAGGUGAUAGCUGGCGUCCUGGUGGAGGCGACAGUAGUCGAGGAGCCUCAAGACAUGGAGACGAUUUAAGAUGGAGUAGCGACCGACGUGAUCGUGAUGGGGCUCCAGGAUCUGAUCGACGACGCGAUGCCGAUACGCGGGAGAGAGAUAAGAGUGACAGGAGAGUUAGGAGAGACGAGCGCAAUUGCGACAAGGGCCGUGAUGGGGAGGAGGAACGUGAUAGGGAACGUAGUCGUGACCAAGAUCGUCGACCAGCACCUCGAAAUCAAGGAUCAGGUCGGAGCUCGGAGAAGGCGACAAAAAACGUCGACUCGGAUUCGCAGAAGAACAACGAGGCAAGAAAAGGAAACGCCAACGCCAACGCCAACGGCAACGGCAACGGCAACGGCAACGGCAACGGCAACGGUCGAGAUGGACGUGGCAAAGAAGAUGGAAGGAAUCGUCAAGCGCAAGGACAACAGCAGCAACAUAGACAACGCCGAUCAAAAGGACAACCGAGCGAGUUGAGCUCGAUCAACUCGACCAACUCGCAGAACAAGCGACAGUGGGGCGGUAACUCGGGCAAUUCAGGUGCUUCGACAUGA